AAAAAAUAAUUGUAGUGUAAAAUUGACAUGAGACAGUCUUUGACAAUUCCUUUAUUAAAAACAAAAAUUUUAAAAAAUGUCCCCCGCAGUAGAUCCAACGUCAAUCACGAUUCCCGCCGCCCAGGGGCGGACUGACCAUUUGGAAACUCGGGCACUGCCCGAGGGCCCGGGAUGCCCCUGGUACCUUUUUCAUAGGCUUUUUUGAGUUUGGGCGAGGACACAGGGGCCCCAUGAUCCCCUAUUGCCCGGGGG